CAGGUUAAUGGCAGCAGAGUGAGAGAGAACCUUCGCGGCGUUAUAGUCGAUGGCCGGAGACGGGUUGAAGGCGGGUCUUCCUGGCGGAAAAGCGGCGGAACCGCAGUACGAGACGGCAAAAACAUCGGUGUGGUGGGAUAUAGAGAAUUGUCAGGUGCCCAGGGGAUGCGACGCUCAUGCAAUCGCUCCGAAUAUAAACGCGGCAUUGAUGAAGAUGAACUAUAAUGGACCAGUCACUAUUUCCGCCUAUGGAGACACUAAUCGUAUUCCCUCGUACAUUCAACGAGCCCUUUCUAGUACUGGAAUCAGUCUCAAUCACGUCCCGGCCGGGGCUAAGGAUGCUAGUGAUAAGAAAAUUUUGGUGGAUAUGCUAUUUUGGGCAGUGGACAAUCCUGCACCUGCCAAUUAUUUGCUUAUUUCAGGAGACAGGGAUUUCUCCAAUGCCAUUCAUCAGUUACGGAUGAGGAGAUAUAAUAUUCUUCUAGCACAACCUUUAAAGGCUUCUCCUGCUCUUGCUGCUGCUGCCACAAAUGUGUGGCAAUGGAUAAGCCUUACUGCUGGAGGAUCUCCACGAGAACUUGCUUUUGGUACUAACACAUUACGUCAAGAAUCUAUACCGACUCCAGUUUCUGAACCUAUAUCGGCAAACCAACCUGCUUAUUCCAAUGCCAAUGCCAAUACUAAUACCAAUACCAAUACCAAUAUCAAUACCAAUAUCAAUACCAAUACCAAUACCAAUACCCAUGCUAAUACCAAUGCCAAUGCCAAUGCCAAUACCCAUGCUAAUGCUUCCGGGACCCAAAGUUUACCUAAUCCUGGAGGCACUUUUGAUACCAAAACUAAAGCUAUUUACGUACCAAAGAACUCGAAUCAACUGACUAUGACCGGCAUGUCAAGUAUGCCAGCUAGAAUUAAAGAAACUAGUAGCAGCUAUUGCCCACACGCACCAGCUGUUGCACCAGUGCAGUUUGCACCACAUAAAUUUUUCGCAAAGUCUGAUAGUUCAGAGAACCAUAACAGUAAAUUCAUAGAAAACAAGCCAGCUCAGUGUACUCAAUCUCAGCCUCCUCUUGUUCGAGAUAACUUUGUGAAAUUGAACUUUCGCCAGAAGAAUUUGCAACCUCCGCUUCAACUACCUGAAGGUAGGGGUGAUUUAUGUGGGUCUAUGAACAAGGGUGAUGUACGUCCUGAGUUUUCCUUCCUUCCAUCCUCAUCGGGUGCUUCUAAAUCUGUCGGUAGUUAUUCAGAUUUGGAUCUCCAGCUGCCUGAACUCAUUCAAGGUUUUAUAGGGGUCAUCCUUCUUUCGUUGAACAGUUUGAAGCUCGAGAAGAUUGUGCCUACCAAAGAAAACAUUGGUUAUUGUAUACGUUAUGGUAACCCUAAAUAUCAUCAUAUUGAUGUCACAGUAGCGUUAAAUGCUGCACUAGAGCAACAGAUGAUAGUAAAGUUAAAACAAGCUGAUUUUGAGCUGUAUGUUGGUAGAACUGAGAGGAUUUGGAAAUGUGAGAAUCCACUUGGUGGCAAUCCUAACCAAUAUCAGAAUGCAACUUGGAAUGUGAUUGAGAAAUUUCUUUGUUCAACUGUUGGACGUUCAGCAAUAGCAGCAUCUGAAUGCAGGUAUGAAGCCUCUUUGAUUCUUAGAAAUGCAUGCCUUAAAGACCUUACAUUGGGUGAAGUACUUCAAAUCCUGAAUAUGAUUAUCACUCUGAAGCGUUGGAUUAAAACUCGCUCUGAUUGGCAUCCGAUUACUAUUACUCUUCCAGAAACUAAUAAUGAUAAGGAUACCAGAACACGUAACUAGCCGAGAGAUCUCUUUCAGUUUUUUAGCAUGUCAUAGCCAUGACAUGUUUUCAGAAAUGGAUUCGAUAUCUUGGAGUUGCAGAUUUUAUAAGAAGCUUAAUUUUGUAUAAGAUGGUAUGUUCAGUGCUUACUUGAUGACGGCAUAGGAGCGAGAUCUUUUUUACUUUUGUGGACCUCUUUUCAAGACACUUGCAGCUGAUAAAGUGGGCAGCUAAAGGGAUGCGAUUGUUAUCAUGCUUCUAUCGACCUAGCUAUGCUGAUGGAUCUCGUAAUCUUUCAUUACAGCAGCAUGGUUGCUGCUAUCUUCGAUUUCUUUAUCUUAAAAUUUCCGUUUCGCUGGAAAUUUUGUUUACAUCAGAAAGUCUACUACUGCUUUCACAUUACUAGGAUUUGGAGCAUCCAGGAAUAUGCAGAAUGUAUUUCGGUUAC